GAGUGGCGCUCGCGGAGGGAUGGAGCUCGAUUCGGUGUUUUUCUUUUGAGUUCUGGACUUCUGGAUUGAGGUUCUGGAUUCACGCGACGUGAAGUUGUGGGCCACGACACGGACACGCGCACACGGAUCUAUCUAAUCUCUUCUGAUUGGACCGCACAGGUGUUCUCCAGGAGUUCUCCAGACCAGGUGUUCAUCUCCAGGUGUUUUCAGCAGAAGCAUGCCAGAAGGCGCUGCGGCGCGUGGCGCAGGGCCACUCGUGGCGCACUGAUGAGCACCGUCCCUGUCCUACGUUGACGGUGGCGCGAGGACGGUGUGAGGAUGAGAAGCGCGGGGCUGCUGCUUGGUUACUGCCUGGUGAAGGUUCUGGUGUGCGACGCGGGAGGAGAACCCGGGAAGAACCCGGACGGGUCCCUCGCGGCUCCGGGCUCCAACGAGUCCAGCCGGGACGGCGCGCCCGACGAGCCGCACAUCGAGGACCGGUGCCGCGGCUACUACGACGUGAUGGGCCAGUGGGACCCGCCGUUCGUCUGCCGCACGGGCAGCUACCUGUACUGCUGCGGCACCUGUGGAUUCCGCUUCUGCUGCGAGUUCAAGAGCUCGCGCCUGGACCAGACCACCUGCAAGAACUACGACACGCCGCCCUGGUCCAUGACGGGCAGACCCCCGCCCAAGAAGAACGACCCCGCGCACGACCCCACCAAGGAUAAGACCAACAUGAUCGUGUACGUCAUUUGUGGAGUAGUGGCCAUCAUGGCUCUGGUUGGGAUUUUCACCAAACUGGGACUAGAGAAGGCGCAUCGACCCCACAGGGAAAACAUGUCCAGGGCGCUGGCGCAGGUGAUGCGGCAGACGGCGCCGGGGGAGCCGCUGGAGCGAGAGGAGGGCCUGGCGGUGCACGGGCAGCCCUACGAGAGCCUGCAGUGCAGAACCACACCAAACAACCUGCAGGGCACGCAGAUGAACAAUGUAGGCCCGGGAUCAGCCCUGAUGCAGGCUAUGACACCGUACCCCCCGCUGGGGCAGGUCUCCCACGCCUAUGAGCAGCAGCCGCAGCCUGGCAAGGAGCUCAACAAGUAUGCCUCUCUGAAAGCUGUGGCGGAGAAGGCCAACGAGAACUUCUACGCCAACCGGAGGCACAUGACGGAGCUGUCGGCCAAAGGCACGCUCCCCCUGCAGCCAGUGCGUCUGGAGCCAGAGCCCACCAACCCGUACAGCCCGGAGAUGCCGUGCCAAAAGCAGAACGGCUACCGAGCCAAGAACACCAAGGUGCACAGCUCGCACGCGCUGCCCUACAGCUCCAACACCAUCGCCACCACGGGCAUGCUCAAGGGCUGGGAGGCCACAGAGACGCUGGGCCGGCGCCACACCUACGCCCCCAAGAGGCACAGCGCCCUGGUGGAGCAGGUCAACGAAUUAACCUCCGCCCACAGCCAGCACUACCUGCCUCCCCACCCUUACUAUGUCACCAACAGCAAGACGGAGGUGACCGUGUGAGGGGCCUGUUCGCGAGGGAGCUAGCCGACCUCUAGCCAGAGUAGAGGUUGUAGAGGCGGGAUUUGACAGAGCAGAAGGUCUAAAAUAAAGGAGUGGCUUAUAAUAAAAGAGAAGCCCUGCAAUGGCGUCCAUGUGGAGCUUCCAGACAGUGGCGUUGGAGGUCUAUGUGCUCUUUGUGUUCCUCACGUCUUACGAGAACGAUGGAGCUUGGUGGAGGAAGUGGUAAUGAUGGAACACAGAAAAAACACAGAAGGAGACGAGGACCUAUCAGGGAGGGGAUCUACUAUUAUAUCGUGUACUCUCGCUCUCCCUCUCACUCUCUCUCUGUGUCCAUUACAGUAAUCUCUGCAUUAUAAUGCAACAUAACGAAAUGACCUAUAGUAAUGAGCUUGCGACACACAAACGAGCACAAAAUAGUAGAGACUACUGUUCAGAGAAUGUUCCAGAUACCUAUAAAGCAAUUGAGGUCAAAUGACUCCUGUGCCAAGAAUGGUGGUUCCAUUGCCAAUGGUGGAUCCAUUGGCUGUACCAAUUUUGGGCUCCAAUAAACGAAUGUUCCAAUGAGAAACACUAAUGAUGAAACCCAACUGAGGAUUGUGGACUUUUCUCAGAGCCGGUUCUCACACUGCUCUCUCUUAGACACUGUAGUCCAUUGAGAUUUCAUUCAGUCACGUAGAUGCGUUACGUAGACUCCGCUCUGUAGCGAUACAACGAUACAGCGAUACAACGAUACAGCGUCACGCUCCGAUCCGACGAAACUCUGGGCCCGUGCCUUUCCAUAAAACUCAGCAUCCAAGAGCUUUGUGCUUUAAUAAUUAAAACUAAAGCACCUCCAGCGAGUCAAAACAUGUUCAACAACGCUCCUCGUCAAUGUUCCUCUUCGUCAUCAUGCCUAGUGCUUCAAAAACACACUGGCUAUUCUGUUUAUUUGGAGCUCUCUCCAUCACUGUACGUCAGUAGCUUCAGUAACUGAAGUGUGUGUAGCUUAUCAUCUAUUUUUGUACUGUAAGAGCGAAUAAAGUAGAGUGUAGGACUCCCAGAACGUAAAUGAUGACAUGUACGAUGUACAUUUUAUUUUCUGCAUUUUAUUUAGUUCAUUAUCUCCUGUUUUAAAUGUUGAGAAAGAUGUUUUGAGGGUGUUUUCAGAGUCAAGAUUGAGUGAAGAUUGUAGCAAACCCACAUUUCAUCAGCUGUAAUGGCCAAUGACCAUUCUUUAUUAGCUUCCCAUUUGUUUACUAAUUAGUACAUUUAAAAAGCCAGACAUCAUAGCACAGGAGUACCAUAUUUUUCGGACUGUAUGUUGCAUUUAUAUGUAUGAAUUUUACCAGUCAGGUAUUAAGUAUCAGUAAAGCCACUCCACUGUAGUACAGAGUUAUAAGGGUUAUAAGAGUUUUCAGUGAAGUUUCUCCAGCACUAAGGCUGGGUGCAGCAGCAUUAGCAUUAGCCACUAACCAUAGCGAUAACUCUUUCUUUUAACUAGUUCAGAGGUUAGUAUAUUGAAUUGUAUUCUGCUGUGUUUACCGUGUUAAAACAAGCUACAUAAGACAGACCGCUAGCUGAUAUCGCCCUGGGUUACCAGAACACUCAGGGUUCCUCAGUCUAGCACUGUGGUUAGAGGUUGGUGGCUAAUGCUAAUGCUGCUGCACCCAGUCUUAGUGCUGGAGAAACUUCACUGAAAACUAACCCUUAGACAAAAUAUUGGAUAAAUAAAUAAAUAGAAGUGCUUUACUCACCCAAAUAAACUUUUUUUAGGAGAGAAAUCUGUGUAGAUUAACAUCCGGCACUCAUUUGUAUUUGAAAGAAAGUGUUUUUUUUUUGUUUUAAGAAUUACAGUUUUGUUUACUUAGCUGAUUUCACCACAGCUUUCGUAUUAGAAGGAAAACAUGGCGACACCCUUGCUCAUUUCUAUGUAGGCUUCCUUAGUAGUGUCGUUUUUUUUUUUUUU